AUGGAAAGCAACAAAGAAGAAGCUCGAGAUGUGGAAGACAAUGUGGGAUCUUCAGCGUUCCUUCGAAGAGUAUGGAAAAUGUUAGUUGAAGAAGCGAAGGAAGAUGUCAAAACUAAUUCUCGUCUAAUUUUCUAUCAUCAGUUCAAACUCGGUCGUAGUGCAGCAGAAAUGGCUCGAGACAUUAAUGAAGUUUGGAGCGAACGUAGUUUUGGUGCAUCAACAGUGCGAGCAUGGUUCCGGAAGUUCCUAUUUGGUGAGUUCGACCUUGAAGAUAAGGAAGAUCGCCGACGUUCCAAUGAACUUGACGACGACGAAUUGAGGGCACCAGUGGAAGCAAACACGCCAACAACUGUUCAAGAGUUUGCAGAAUAA